GUACAGGGGCAGAGGCCGCGGGCUGAGGAGGGGACGCCGGGGCAGCAACAGCGCAGACACAGUGACACAGAGCCGGGAGGAGGAGGAGGCAGGACUCGCAUGCCGGAGCUCCCUGCUGGCCACUUCCUGUGCUUUUGGAUUUCCCGCCCGCCCGGCACACAGACGGGGUUGGUGGCGACUGCGUGACUCCCGUACAUGAGUGUGAUGUGGGGGAGAGGGACCCGGGCUGCGGCUAGUAGUAUUGUUGUCCAUGUGGCCACUCUGCCGCUCUUUUAUGUCUCAUCCAUAUUUGGAAAAAGAACAUAGCUAUGUAGUUUGAACAACAUAAGUCCGAGUGAUCACCACGGUUUUUCUGACCAUGAAUAUUUCAGGAGGCAGUUGUGGCAGCCCUAACUCUACCGAGAGUCUCCCCACUGGUGACUUAUUUAGGGAGCUUUGGUCGAAGCUGAAGGAUUGUCAUGACAAAGAGUUACAAGAGCUUCUGAUGAAAAUUAACAAACUGAAGACCCAGAGAUGUUUGGAUGCUCAGAGGCUGGAAGAAUUUUACUCCAAAAACCAGCAGCUGCGGGAGCAGCAGAAAGCUCUUCAUGACACUAUCAAAGUACUGGAAGACCGGCUACGGGCAGGACUGUGUGACCGCUGUGCAGUGACAGAGGAGCACAUGAGGAAGAAACAACAGGAAUUUGAAAAUAUCCGACAGCAGAACCUGAAACUCAUCACCGAGCUUAUGGAUGAGAGGAACACACUGCAGGAUGAAAACAAAAGGCUUUCAAAGCAAGUCGAGCACAUGCAGAAGGCAAAAGACACAACACAAGAGACUCAUGAAGAAGUAGCAGCAGAUCCAGGUGGUGAUGAGGAUGGUGUUAUCCCUGAUUCUCCAGUCAGUUCUUUGCCAGUAAAUGUGGUCAGCAGGAUGCGCAGGAGAAGAGCUAACAAGCACGUGCGAUAUACAGAACACCUUCAAGAUGAAUCACAGACUUCUGAUUGUACAGCCACCUCUGGCGCUAGAAUAUUAACCUCCACCCAAGUAAAUAUCAAAAAAGGAGAGACCAUCUUAGUUGCUGAUACCUGUGCUUUAAACUUGUCACCUCUUCCUGGCAAGCAUGAAGUGGAUGAUUUUAAUUCAGCGAAACCAGUCUUCAACUUGGCUGCUGUUGUAGCAGAAACACUUGGUCUAGAUGCUCAUGAUGAGUCUCAAUCCCAGAGUGUAUUAAGCAAUCUCAGGACUAAUGCAGCCACAGGCCAUUUGCAUAACAAGCAGGAAGAACACUCUCCAAGACACAGUGAGUUAGAAUACCCAGAACAUUUACAGAGUGAUCCACAUGAAACUGAGUGGGUCACACAGAGAAUGUCGCCUGUGUUUGGGAUGGCAUCUCCAAAAAUGGAGAAAGAUGUAAAUAUAGAUACCAGCGCUUCUCUACUGCCCUUAGGAAUGAACUGCCUCGGAGCUGAAGCAGACUCUGUAAUUAGUCAGUGCUCUGGCAAUGAACAGGUAUCUUUGAAAAGAAACUCAAAUGACUCAAGUAUCAGUGGGGUCAGUGUAAAUGGUGCAUUCCUAACUGACUGUGAGGUUCAAAGACCAACGAUUAGCAGAUGUGGAAAGCGGAAAAAGGUAGAAAACGAAGGAGAAAACAACUGGGAAAUGUUAUCAGUUAACAAGGAAAAUGAUUUCCCCCUUAAAAGCACAGCAAGUAGCAGAGAUGUCUCCUUGGACACGCCUCUUGAUCUCUCUGAUCGCUACUCAGGAUUACGCUUUCAGGACAGGAGUCAGGAAAGUACUAGACGCAAAAUGAAGCAAUCUACUGUACAGGAAACCUCUAAACAAAGCCCCAGAAGUAAUUCCUUUAUGGAACAUCAUUUUCAGGGGAGUUCACUAGAACCUAAGGAAUCAAGGGAAAACCCUUCACACCAAAUAGAGCAUAAAAAGGCAAGAAAGGGCGAUCGUUAUGUCAUCAGUACACAGAAAGACGACGAGGGUGAAAGUCGGCAAUUUGAUGUCUUGAAGAUUAGGAGAGCUGAUGAGCCUACAAGAACCGAUAGAUCAGUGCAUGGGGGUAGUGAACAAGCAUCUGUACUUCAACCAAAUCCUCACAUGUCACAAAACAGAGACACAGAGCAAGGCACCCUUAUAGAAAACAUGCAGUGGAGCAUUGAUCCAGGAGCAGACCUCUCGCAGUAUAAAUUGGACGUCACUAUGGCAGAUGGCAAGGAAGGAAGCCCAUCCAAUCUGGAGGUUGAUGAUCUGGAUUACACGUAUGUCAGUGAAAGUAUGUUGGCAAAGAUGAAAAACCAGGAGCACACAGAUUACAAUAUACCAGAAGAAAGUGCAGGCCAUGACAGCUACGGUGAAAUGUUUGACAAGACGGAAUGUGAGGAGUAUGUGUCUUAUGCCCAGGAACCCAGCCCUUCCCAGAGGUUGGACUUUGAGGAAGACGGUGAUACACCUGCACUCCAAAAGAAAAUGAGGGAGAGAGGAAGUGAAGCUAAAGGAGAAGCUUACCAGAAACAGAAAGCAUACAUAGAGCCCUAUGUGCAGGAUGCCGGAAGAAAAAAGCCUGCUUUGGAUUUCCCUCAUACUGAGGUAGUGCGGAACAAGGAGGAGAGGAGGAAACUCCUCGGGCACACUUGUAAGGAAUGUCAGCUAUACUAUGCCGACCUUCCAGAAGAAGAGAGAGCCAAGAAGCUGGCAGCCUGCUCCCGCCAUCGCUUCCGCUAUAUCCCACCUAAUACACCAGAACACUUCUGGGAAGUGGGUUUUCCUUCUACUCAGACUUGUAAAGAUAGAGGUUACUUAAAAGAGGAGCUAUCUCCCUGUCAUCGACCACGGAGAAGACAGCCCUACAAUGCAAUAUUUUCUACCAAAGGCAAGGAACAGAAGAUAUAGCACUGCACAUUUCUCUUAUUUCAGCAUAUAUUUUGUUGCAGACUUCACCUUUAUUUGUAUGUUUUGUUUUUUUAAACUAUAAUAUUUCUUUUGCUUUCAGAGCAGUCUGUAAUUGCACAUCCAAUGCUCACAGUUUGUUUUUUGUAAGUUAAUACUUUUGUAUGUGUUCUAGCACCUUUUAUUAAUAAGUAGGGUGCUGUAUUUUGCACUGGAUAAUUUAAAGCUUAUAGAUGUAAUACACAUCUGUAAUUAUUAAAAAUGUGAAUUACAUGAUUUAGAUGUUUCUUUGUUGGCCUUUCUCUGAUUUUAACUCAACUACGUAGAAAUUCUUCUAAACAUCUAAAUGAGAUGUACACUCAUUAAGAAAAAACUUAGAUAAUUACAGAAAACGUUAAUAACAGAUUUCCACCAGUAAAUAAUGAACUGUGUAUUAUAACAUCUGUGAACUUUUCAUUUUCCUUAACUUGAUCACCUAUGUUUAAUUGUUUUGUAUGCUAAGUCUUCAUCUAUAAUCACUGGCCCCCAUUAUUAUAAUACAGCCAGUACACGUGCAACUUUACGUGCAUCAUUGUGGAAUGUAAAAUGAUCAGUAUUUGCAGUAAGGAGCAUAUCCAGCAGAGGGAGACAAAGAUACACGUAAAUGAAUAAUACUUGAGCCACUUUAUUCCGCCUGCAAGGUCACAAAGCUUUCACAUGACUACAUUGUUUAUCAAGGUAAACGUUUUAAAUUAAAACCACCUGAUAUGGUUGUGCUUUCAAUGAAAGAUUGCCUAUUGGGAAACAAAACACCUCUUCUAGUUUGAAAUUGUUAAUAAAUAUAAAGCUUUCUCUAAUAUGAAAAAGGAGACAUCAUCAUUUUUUAAUGUGCGUGGAAAUUUGCCUUGCUUAAUAGAUGACAAUUGGAAAUAACGUCUCCCAUAUUUGUAUAGGUGUUCCGGUAUUUUGUUACUAAAUUGACUAGCUUUUCACAUAUACUGGGCCUUUGACAUAUAGUUUGCAUUCAAAAAUCUGUUUAUUAUGUGUCAUUCUGACUGUAAUGUCAUCUUCAUUACAGUA